AUGGAUAACUUCUUAGAACGCAUGCGAAAUAUCGAAAGACAAAUGGAGCUCAACCAGUACAGAGAACGAGAACAAAGACGUGCUGCAGAAUAUGACUCUAUCCUCGCUGGCCGAGGUAGAUCUCACAUUCGCGGAGAUACUUCCUACAAAUCCGAGGAUGAUGAGCAAUUUCAAGAAUUCUUGCGCAGGCAUGGUGCACCGUCUCGUGAAAGGAGAUCAUCGCCUUCACAAAGACUCAGGUCUUCAUUCUCAACAUUUCCUCAAUUUUCAGGGAAUGAGCAGAAUUAUUACAAUUCCGAAGACGAUGACUUGCCAGAAGAGUUUAGAAGGAGACGGUCUCCACCACAACCUAGACGUCGAUCUCCAUCACCUGAGCCAAGGUGUGCAUAUCGAUCAUGUUCCCCACCGCCGAGACAAGCUUACUCACCUCCACCAAGAAGAGCUCACUCCUCACAGCCAAGGCAUAGCUCUCCACCUCCACGGACAGCAUACGCUCCACCACCACCAAGAGUCCCGUCACCGCCUCCAAGAAGAGGCUCUCCGCCACCAUCCCACACCCGCCCUCGCACUUCGUUCAGGGAAGAGAAUCCCCAUGGCAUCUACACUUACUCAGACGAAGAGCCAGAAAAAAUUCCCAUUGCUCCUGCUGCUUGGAACAAUUAUGCUUCAUCCAUUGGCCGAGAAAAACUCAUCUCGUUCUUCAAAAGUAAAGGUGUUCCCGAAGCACUUGCACGGAGCGAGGUAGAUAAGGAAUUUGCAGCCCAUGCCCGAAAACAUCGAGCUGGUGAGUCUUAA